AUGAAUCCUCUCUUACUUCUCCGGUUGGUUAAUGAUAAAAAUCAUUAGAAAUCCCUUUUUUAGCAAAAAUAAUGCCCUGCUAAAAAUUAUUUUAAUAUUUAUUUUUUUGCUAUGACUAUAUUUUAAUGUUAAUCUAAUGAUUAUAAUGAUGAAAUCUCUGAUAAAUUUAAGAAAUUAAUAAAAUAAAAUUUUUAAUAUAUAAUUUUGAAAAUUGGCACCUUGACCAUGGUUAAUAAUUUUUUGCUUACUGGGGGCAGGGUUAAGAAAUAUUCCAAAAGGUAUCAAGAUUGCCAGAAACCCAGCAGUUUGGGGAUAUGGAUGGGGUCAUACUGUAGUUGUGAAUGUAUUGUCUCUUCUAUUUGGAGGUGUUUGCUUAACUCCUCAAUUACAACAAAGUUAUCAUAAUAUUUUUAAUUAAUAUUUUAAUAUCCAGAGCAAAUUAUUAUAAUUCCAGCUCACUUUGUAAUAAUAAAACAUUUUUUGAUAAGGAGUAAGUAUUUGUUUUAAUCAAUUUCCAAUUACAAUCAGCGGAUCAAAACAAGUGGAUUAUGAAGCAAUCCCAGACCUAGCAACCGGGCAAAUUCUUACUUUCCAGCGCACUAAGCUUAGAUACAUUGACUUUAUCUAA